AUGAUUGCCAAAGCUCUUCCCCUCGCUCUCCUUGCCGGUGCUGCCUCGGCCGCCUGUCCUCUGUCGGUCGAGAUCGCCAGUUCAGAUAACCAUGUUGUCAACGUCGCAGUCACAAAUACGGGCGAAGAGACUCUUUCGAUUUUUAAGGGCAACACGGUGUUCAGUGACCACGCUACCAAGGACCUCUUGGUAACCGAUGCAGAGGGCAACGCACUUCCGUUCGAAGGCGUCUAUGUCAACUACAAGCGAACCGGCCUGGCUGCUUCUUCGUUCCAGCAGAUCGAGGCUGGCCAAACUGUCACCGUCCCAGUCAACGCAGCCAAGAGCUACAAGCUCAGCGGCAUCUCGCAGGCCAAGGUCACAGCCAUUCAGGGUUUCCGCUUCGCAAAUGGAACCGACGCGCCUUCUUCAUUUGGAGAGCUAUCUGCUUGUGAAGAUGUGACAUCCGGCGAGGUGGAAGUCACCCCGGACCAGGCUACAGUUGCGGAGCAGCACCUUUCGGGCAAGCGUGAGGUUCACGUCUCGUCUCGCAUCCAGAGGCGCUCCAUCACGUACUCGUCUUGCUCUACCUCGCAGACUAGCACUCUGAAGACCAGCGUCUCCGAUGCCAUCUCAAUGGCCAGUGCCGCCUACACUGCUGCUGGGUCCGCGGCCGACUACUUCACCACCUGGUUCAUAUCUACCUCGAACGAAGCAAAAGUCCGGACCAUCUACAACGAUGUGGCCAAUGUACAGACUACGUCGCCUGAAAUCUCGUGCACCGACAUCUAUGGUGACUGCAGUGGCGGCGAUGCUUUGCUCUAUACCGUUCCGUCCGACAACGUGAUUGUGCCGUGUCCCAGCAACGGCUUCUGGGACUUCCCCGAGCUUGCAUCUCAGUGCUCAGGCGACGACUAUGACAAGGCGGGCAGUAUCCUUCACGAGAUGACGCACUUGUACGGUACUUCCGACUACGCCUAUGGUCCGACAGCCGCUAAGGCUCUGUCGGCCACGAAGGCUGCUGCCAACGCGGACACGUAUGAGAUGUACGCUGAGAGCGUUCGUCUUGGCGGCUGCACCACCGGUUAA